AGGUCAACAAGUUGGGUUUUUACCUGCGGUCAGUGAACGCAUCGUCGCUGAGUGUGGUUCUGGUUCGGCCGUGUCAGCCGGUCCAGUUCUGGUUCUGAACUCUAAUGUUGUCUUUCCAUUCUGACUCGAAGGAAAAAUCCAGGAGGAAGAGGAGCGAAGCUAAGAAACCAGAACCAAAGGCUGCUGGUGGCUCCUCUAAUCAGAGCGACUUCGACGUCGUGGCCCGGUCCUGGGAGGACGGACCCUACAUGUUCAUCAUCAAGGUCCAGAAGACCGGAACCGGGCCAUGGAGACUGCAGCUUCAGGUCAGCAUGAAGGGACCUCAUGGCUUCAUCUCAGCCACUGAGUUUCCUCUGAUGGUGUUCUACAUGGUGAUGUGCAUCGGCUAUGUGCUGCUGACCGUGCUGUGGUUGGUUCUGUCCGCCUGCUACUGGAGGAGCCUGCUGCGGAUCCAGUUCUGGAUCGGCGCCGUCGUCUUCCUGGGCAUGCUGGAGAAAGCCGUGUACUACGCCGAGUUCCAGAGCAUCAGCUAUGAGGGCGUAUCAGUCCAGGGGGCGGUGGUGUUUGCUGAGGUGCUUUCGGCCGUGAAGCGGACCCUGGCCAGAGUUCUGGUGAUCAUCGCCAGUCUGGGAUACGGAAUUGUCAAGCCCAGGCUGGGUGCCCUGCUGCACAGAGUGGUCGGCGUCGGCCUGCUCUACCUGCUCUUCUCCAUCAUCGAGGGAAUCCUGCGGGUCCACACGGAUCGGGGGAACGAUGACCGGAGCCUGAUAGUGUGUGACGUGGUUCUGGCUCUGACCGACUCCUGCGUUGUCUGGUGGAUCUUCGUGAGUCUGGCUCAGACGAUGAAGCUGCUGAAGCUGAGGAGGAACGUGGUGAAGCUCUCGCUCUUCAGACACUUCAGCAACACGCUCAUCUUUGCCGUCAUCGCUUCAGUGAUCUUCAUCAUCUGGACGGCGAAGAACUUCACCAUGUCCAAGUGUCGCUCUGACUGGAGGGAAGUCUGGAUCCAAGACGCUUUCUGGCGCUUCCUGUUUUCUGUCAUCCUAUUGGUCAUCAUGUUCCUAUGGCGACCGUCGGCCAAUAAUCAGAUGUACGCCUUCAGCCCCCUGGUGGACGUGGACAGUGAGGAUGAGGAGGAGAAGGAGCCCAUGAUGAACGAGGCUUUUGAGGGGAUGAAGAUGAGGGGGACGAAGACCGAGACCAACGGGACAGCCAGACCCAACAAAGAGGAUGAAGAUCUGAAGUGGGUGGAGGAGAACAUCCCGUCAUCGAUGGCCGACAUAGCGCUGCCCCCUCUGCUGGACUCAGACGAGGAAACUCAGAAAACGAAGCUGGAGAUGUCCAAGAUGGACUGAAUCGGACGGAGGUGGAGAGACGGCCGGUGUUUCCAAGUGGACAUGAGGAGGAAACGGAGGAGUGAAGAGCUUUGGGGUUUUCUCUGAUUCUCUCCUGGCUUUAUGAGCUUCGUAAGCCUUUCACUAGGAGCUGAAUUCAAUCAUUCUGGGUAUCUGCUCUGCAGCGGCGCCGCCCUGCUGGACGUCUGUCGGGUUUGCUUUUAUGUUUUAUGAAUUGGUGUUUGGAUAUUUUUCCUCCUCUACAAGCCAAAGGGAGAAAUCAUGAGGAAUUAUUGACUUUUAUUUUGUAAAGUUUGUCUUUGUGUUUCAACCAAUAAAGUUUUCAUUUUCACCUGA